UCAAACUUCAAACGUUGCUUGUCUGACUAGUACAUUGUAAAUCAGCAUCUAGAAGAUAACACAUUCCCCCUACCAGUCCUGCACAACUUAUUUCACUACUGCCCAAAAGCUUCAAUCUUUAUUCUCCAGUCUUCAUCAUCAUGCUACCCAGAAGCAAAAGCCGCUUGCUUUUUAUAUUGCUCACUUUGUUAACCUGCUUAUUCAGCUUGUUGAGAUUUGCCGAGUCUGAAGUUCCCCAAGAUGAAAUUGAUGCUCUGGAAGAAAUUACUCGUACACUGGGUGCUAAGUAUUGGAAGUUCAAUGGUGGUUCUUGCCAAAUUGAAAUGGUUGGGGUAACGACGGAACCGCCAAAGGAUGCUGAGAGUAGCAUUGAAUGUGAAGGCAACAGCACUGUCCAUCACGUCGUAAAGCUGGUCCUCAAGAGGUUUAGUCUACCUGGCACGCUUCCACCUCAACUGGUGAAACUACAUUACCUUAGAGAAGUUGAUUUGGUUUACAAUUAUCUUAGUGGUACAAUACCAGCAGAAUGGGGUUCAAUGCAGUUAACUUCAAUCUCUCUUGUUGUAAAUCGCUUAUCAGGGGAGAUUCCAGUGGAGCUGGCAAAUAUUACCACUCUCAGAUAUCUGAGUCUUGAAGCAAAUCAAUUCUCUGGAGUUGUUCCUCCUCAGCUUGGGAGUUUAAUCAACUUGGAAAGUCUGAUAUUGUCCUCCAAUUAUUUGACUGGAAACAUACCAAAGACAUUCGCUGGGCUAAGAAAUCUAACAGACUUUAGGAUAAAUGAUAACAACUUCAAUGGGACUAUACCUGAUUUUAUACAGAAUUGGAAACAACUCAAUAGAUUAGAAAUACAUGGGAGUGGGCUUCGUGGACCUAUCCCGUCAAACAUAUCUCUCCUGAGUAAUUUAGAACAGUUGAGGAUUAGUGAUAUAAAUGGAACAGAGCAGGAUUUUCCUAUGUUGAAAAACAAGACUGGCCUAGUCAAAUUGAUACUGAGAAACUGUAACAUUUCUGGAGAGAUCCCUCCUUACCUAUGGACACUGCAGAAACUGGAAAUGCUGGAUCUGAGUUUUAACAAGUUGAUAGGAGAAAUUCCAACCACAAUCAGCUUAAAGCGUUUGAGAUUCCUAUUCUUAACUGGCAACUCUCUGAGUGGAAGUGUACCAGACUCAAUCUUCAUAGAUGGAAGCAAUGUUGAUCUUUCGUACAAUAACUUCACAUGGCAAGGCCCUGAGGAACCUGCUUGUCAGGAGAACAAGAAUCUAAACCUGAACUUGUUUCGAAGCUCUUCAUCAGAGACCAACUUAGGGAGAGGUCUUCCGUGCUUGAAGAAUUUGAUUUGUCCUCGUUAUUCAACUUGUUUGCAUGUAAAUUGUGGUGGGAAUGAUAUUACCGUCAAAGAAAGUAAAGAAAGCAUUUUGUAUCUAGGAGAUGGAGGAGUUGAAGGUGGCACUGCAGAGUAUUUCUUCAAUGACGAUCAUUAUUGGGGAUUUAGUAGCACCGGAGACUUCUUGGAUGACAACGAUUUCCAAAAUACACGAUACUCUUUAUCUCUGGCAUCUUCGAAUCACUCUGAAUUAUAUACAACGGCACGCAUAGCUCCAAUUUCAAUCACUUAUUUUCAUUACUGCUUAGAAAAUGGUGACUAUACUCUAAGUCUGCACUUCGCGGAGAUACAGUUUACAAAUAACCAAACAUUCACAACUCUUGGGAGGCGCAUAUUUGAUAUCUAUAUUCAGGAUAAACUAUGGUGGAAGGACUUCAAUAUUGAAGAUCAGGCCAAGUUGGCUCAAACUCCAGUACUAAAACAACAUAAUAUCAGUGUGACAAAUAAUGUCUUAGAGAUCCGAUUUUAUUUUGCGGGUAAAGGGACAACCAGGAUUCCUGACAGUGGAGUUUAUGGUCCCCUUGUCUCUGCUAUUUCAGUGAAGUCUGAUUCCAAACCUUGCUCAAGUGGUAAAAAUAAGGGAACUACUCAAAUUGUCAUUGGGGUUGUAAUAGGAGCACUAUGCCUAGUAUUUCUUGUUUUAGGAAUCCUAUGGUGGAGAGGCAACUUACCAGGAAAACUGGGCAGAAAGAAAGAUGGAAAAGAAUCUGAUACCCAGAUGGGGAAUUUCACCUUAAAACAACUACAAGCUGCCACAAACGACUUUGAUUACGAUAACAAAAUUGGAGAAGGUGGUUUUGGUCCUGUGUACAAGGGUCAAUUGCCUGAUGGUACGGUGAUAGCAGUGAAGCAGCUUUCCUCUAAAUCAAGGCAAGGAAAUCGUGAAUUUUUAAAUGAGAUGGGCAUGAUAUCUUGUUUACAACACCCGAAUCUUGUGAAACUUCAUGGAUGCUGUAUCGAAGGAGGUCAGUUAUUGCUGGUCUAUGAGUACUUGGAGAACAAUAACCUUGCUCGAGCUUUGUUUGGUCGAGUCACUCAGAUCAAAAUGGACUGGCCAACAAGGCGUAAGAUUUGUAUUGGGAUAGCAAGAGGACUUGCUUUUCUUCAUGAAGAAUCUGUACUAAAAAUUGUUCACCGGGACAUCAAAGCAACUAAUGUGCUGCUUGAUGUGGACUUAAACCCUAAAAUAUCUGACUUUGGACUAGCAAAGCUCGAUGAAGAGGAGAAGACGCACAUAAGCACCCGAGUUGCUGGGACCAUAGGGUACAUGGCACCGGAAUAUGCACUAUGGGGUCACCUGACCUACAAAGCAGAUGUUUACAGUUUUGGAGUAGUGGCUUUGGAACUUAUUAGUGGGAAGAACAACAAUGCUUAUAUGCAAAGUGAUGAUUGCGUUUGUCUUUUAGAUUGGGGUUGUCAUGUGCAACAAUCUGGAAAUUUGUUGGAGCUAGUCGAUGAGAAGUUAGGGUCCGAGUUUGACAAAAAGGAAGCAGAGAUCAUGAUCAAAGUAGCUCUGAUAUGCACAAACGCCUCUGCUUCACUUCGGCCUAGCAUGUCUGAGGUGGUCAAAAUGCUUGAAGGACAAAUAGCCGUUCCGGACGUGAUCCCAGAACCGAGUAGCUACAAGGAGGAUUUGAGGUUUAAGGCCAUGAGAGACCUCCAUCGGCAGAGGGAAACUGACAGUUCAACUAUGACCCAAACACAAAUGACCGUCCAAACACAAAUGACCGUCCAAACAUUCUGCUCAACCUCUACCACAUCUGGCAUUGACUCCUGUGAAAUCAACCCAGAAUCCGUACCCCCUUCCGAGAAGUGAGAAUUCUAUAGUAAAUGUACCUGCAGAGUAGCAGUUCCAUUUCCAUACUAAUUUCUUUCUGUAUAUAUGUUCCCUUUUGGUUCUGUUAUUUGGUUAUUCUUUUAGGGAUUAGAGAAUACCUAUUACCUUCUCUCCUUCGAUUUGGUUCGAUGUAUACAGAUUGAUGGUUCUAUAAAGUUGACAUUGCUAUUUGAUAAACAGGGGUUGUUGAUCUAUUGAUAGCCCUGAUGUUUGACUCCAUAGCAAACGAUACCUAGCUAUAGUGAAG